GCAGUAGUAUCGCAUCGGUGCCCCGGCUGAACAAGCAGUUGGGCAGCAAGGCACACGUACUAGUUGGGUUGGAGCCCCUUCGCGGCGCGGAGCUGGCUGAGGCUAUGCCGAUGGUUGCGUGCUUGGUUGGUGGAGCCACCGCAGCAGCGAAGCCCUCGGCCUUUGGGAAGGAAGGGUGCAAUGCAGGGCCGAAGGGCAAGUUGGCUCCAGCGCGCUUGGAGAAGAAGUUGGCGCUCAUCAUCUCCCCGAAGGUCAGUGUGAAGAUGAGCAUGUUCAAGGACGACACUGGCAAGGAGAAGGCGGGCAGCAGUGGUAGUUCGACCAGUGUGGGACCCACGGCUGGGCCUUCGCCGCGAGUCCACACGGAGUUCAGGUACGAGCACGUCGGCCAGUGUGGGACCCACUACGCCGACGGGGCUGGGCCUUCGCCGCGAGCCCACAAGCAGUUCGGGUACAGGUAUGUCAGCCAGUGUGGGACCCGCUGA